GUAAAAUGCCAACCAAUUAGGAAAGGCCAUUGGGCGUCAGGCAGCCAAUCGGAAAAUGACUAAUCGGCCAAGGCAAGGCGCGCUGGCAGAAGGGGGAGACGCCGGGAGAGUUCCAGGAAGCGACGCCAGGAGAAGGUGGGCCACCGAACCGGGAGUUGAGGACAGGCCGUCGGGUUCCGGACCCGAGCCACCAGGACUUCACCCGACCGGGGCCUCCUGCCAACCCGUUCCUGUGCGUCGCCAGCCUACCCGAGCGUGCCGCCAGCUGCUCAAGGCCGUGCCAUUCAACAUGAACCGUGUAUUGGGAAUGGACCUUCUCGCAGCCGUUGCCGUUGCCAUAGCUUUGAUCAUCAUGGCCCCCAAUAAAGCUGCUGCUCUAGGCGGCGGUGUUGGAGGUACGGACGGAAUCAUGGGUCACAGCAAGAAGUGAAUCAGCGCUGACAGAAGAUGAAGGGGCUUCAAGUUUUGCUAGGACAAAGACGACAUGUGAUCCAAUAAAAUACGCAAAUAAGCAAAAUGGGCGACCUUUUGUAUGCUUUGGCGCCACGUGUUACAUCAACGGGC